AUGGCCGACUUUCCACUCCCAAUCUCAGAGGCCUUUCUAGGUACACUCGACAAUCCUGCAAUCUCCCAGUCAUAUAGAAAGGCCGUUAUUCGCCCAACCCCGACAAGCUUCACCGUCUCUCUCUAUCCACCCCGCAAACAAGGCACAAACUAUCAUUAUGGGAUGCGAAUUAUACCCACAGAUGUACCCACAAGCCCUGUAGAGUCUAGCGCAAAGUCGGUGCGCUCGACCAAGUCUUCCAAGUACAAGGAAUACGACAUAUUCCGCCGUUGGGAUGACUGUCUAGACUUUCAGCGCACGCUCGAGGGCGAAUAUCAGUUCAUCGCCCAGCGACGACGAAAGGGUCAGCCUGCUUUGGAUCACCAUGCCAAAAACACCCUUUACCCAGCUCAACGGGCCGCCUCUUUUGACUCUCUACCGGCCGGCCCUGAUCCCAGUUCGAUCGCUCUCGACGUGCACGAGUACAUUCCCAAGUUGACCAAAAAGUCCAAUCUCUUUCGUGCCAAUCACAGCACCGUCUCUCAACGCGGUGAAGAGUUCAAGGCAAUGAUCAACGCGUUGCUCGACGAGGACGCCCACUCGACCAUUCGCGAGUUGCGGACGGUACCUAUUGUCCGGGACUUUUUUGCCUUAUGGCGAAGGGACAAGGAAGCCGAGCGCAGGAGCGCAAAGACAGCCUCCAUUACCUCUCCGCCUUUACCCGGGGCCCCAACUGCACCCACCGUCGUGCCUGUGGUCAAUACUCCCCCGCCGCCGGCCCCCGUACUCGCUCCCAAGUCGGGUCCAGCGCAGUCGACUCCUCAAAGAUCACCGACAUUGAACCAUUUAGCAGAUUUCCUGCACACCCCGGUCACUUCAGUUCCGAAAUCACCCAAGCCUGCAGGAAGGAAUUCAUAUGCGACUCCACGCGGUAACAUACGACCGAGCACGGCAAAUGUCGAAUUAUAUCCAUCCAACAGACCACCGGCAUCCCUAUUCUUGGCAACCUCUGACGCCGCUCCUGGACCAUCCACACCUGCAGUUAAUGCGGCCAACUCGAUACCCGCGGCAGCUUCGCGGUUUUCCCGAAGUCAAACGCUACCCGUCCCUAAUCAGCCUGUAGAUCCAUUGGAUCCUGUUUCCGAUGCGGGACUCCGCGCACGAGAGGGAUUAAUGCUACGCCCCUUGGCUAGGGAAGAUCCAUCGUCACAAUGGGGAGGAUUAUCUCGUCCCCCACUUCGAAAGGGGUCCAGUCCAGAGCUUGCGAGACCAUCGACGGCAACCGGAGGAGAGCGGGCGAGAACUCGGGACUAUGCUUCCCCGCAUCGGCUUCAGGACAACUGGCAAGGUUUCAGCGGUGGAGGGUUGCAACCAAUGCCCAUUCAUCGUCUUGCACAAAGACAACCCUCGCUGCCAGGGUUGCCUCGAAAAGCCACGCUAAGGGAGAGUCCCUCUGUCGAAGGCGGACUUGCGGGGGAUGCUCUCAAGCCACUUACAUCGUUUCCAUUUGAUCAUCCUCCCGAGUCGCCUGGCUCACCUGGUGUCGCUGUUCCGGCGGCUGGUCGAAGGAGACUCGACUCGUUGGCUGUGUUGGACCCAGAGAUGUAUCAAACCCUGGCCUCUCAAGGUCAGGCUAUGCAAUCGUCACCAUCACUAUUGCAAUUUGGACGGUCCCCGUCUAUCGGUCAUGACACUUCUCAGGUCAUCCCACGCGCCCGCAAGACACCCCCCAUCCAGGACAGCGGAAACAGGAGUGCGCGUUUCUUCGUAGAUGAUCCAAAUGGAAAUCUUCUCGUUGAUGUCGCCAAUGGACCGCCUCCUCGGUCUCCCAUCUCGGCGGGCAUGGGCUCACUCACGUUGGACCCCGAAAUGGGCCGGGUGCGCAAAAAUUCGACACAUUCUCAUGAGAGUGACGAGGGCCAAUUUGGGCAAAUCGCAAGAGAGAGGUCGGUUCAGAAUACGCGCCUUAUUGGCCGACCACCGCCUGGGAAACAACCAAUAAUGCGUCCGCCUCCCACCGCGCCACUUCCGCCAACGAAUGCGAACGUGGACCUAAGAUCAGGACGGAGUGCAGAGGAGCGCGCGUAUAACCUGUCCAUCAUCUCGGGAGCGUCUAUUCCCACCCUCUCGUCGAAUGCCAGCUCCUCGUCCUUCUCUCAGGCCUCGCCGCUUUCUCCUACGGCAAUGCCCGCCUCUCGCUUUCGGUCACGAGCGUCGAUGAGCUCAUUGGGAGAUCAGCAGCAGCGUCGCUUGUCGCUCGAUUCGCUCAUGAUGAGUGAUGUCGAAUUGCCGUACCUGUCGAGGAACCUAUCCAACACCCAAAAUCACUAUUCGCUUAAGAAUAAGUCGUCGGAUGCCGUAUUUGCAGCGCAUAAUGCUGUCAACGGGAAUGGACCAGCCUCGGCUACGCCUACACCACGAACGUUUGGAGCUGCAAAUAUUGCAAUCGGUGUGGGUGGCGGACGAGGGUCGUAUUCGAGCCAGGAUACGGAUAGUACUGGGCUAAACGAGGACUCGGGUGCUCUAUCAUCCGCAUCAUCCAUCCACGCGCCCGCACCUUCGCGUCUGCAUCCACCCACCAAGGCCAUCAUUGUCUCCAAGACGACCCCUCCGCCUCCUCGCCCACCAAGAUCCGCGCUUCGCAAUUCGAGCCAGUUUGCUACGGGUGUGUUGCAGCGAUUGGAAGAGACGAGCAAUGGCGAUUCGAGUGGCUCGCGUCCGCAGACUCCUUUCAACAAUUUGCACAAGCAAGAGUCGCAUGAGUUUAUCGAUAGCUAUUUCCUGACGCCGCAACUUCAGCCCACGACGCUUGACCCACCUGUCGCGCCGUUUGCGAUGAGCAACAGGAAUACGCGCGACUCGAACAUGUCGACGUUUUCCAAUAUUGCACAGUAUUACCAAUCGCUUCCUGAACGGCCAUACGUCCCAGGUGUGCCAGCACAGGAACGACCGGGUGCUGCGGAUCAUCCUCCAAGCGACUUUGAGGCCAUGUCUCUGCCGCCCACGCCAUUUUCGACCACAUUUUUGGAUUUGACGGCGCACAACAACGUGCCUACUCUGGCCCCACGCACGUCGUCGCAAACUGUUUCGGGAAUGGUCCCCAUCAAGGCCGUUCACGCGCAGUCGGAGACGAUUGUGCUCUUCAAGAUUACCAAGGGGGACACAUCUCUUAGCGACUUGCGUGCCAAGACUCUGCGCAAGCUCCGCGAGGCGGGUAUCCCGGGCGAAAGCCUGGAAAGCGUUUCGCUCAAGUAUCUCCCGUCAACUCGGAGUGGAGACUCGGCUCCGUUUGUUGGUCGGCAACGCUCCAUGUCCAUUGCGUCUGCGGCGGACAUUGCCCAAAUGGUGGACCUCGACAGCGAGGUUGAGUGGCAAAAGGCGCUUGCGACGGCAAACCCCGCACAAAAAAUUCUUAUUCGCGUCAUUUAA